AUGGCGGCGAGCAACGGCGCCCCUCUGGUGGUAUUCGACUUCGACAAGACCAUCGUCGACUGCGACAGCGACAACUGGGUCGUCGACGCCCUCGGCGCGACCAGCCGGUUCGACGAGCUCCUCCGCCACCUCCCCUGGAACCACGCCAUCGAUGCGAUGAUGGGCGAGCUGCACUCGGAGGGCAAGACGGCGGAGGACAUCAGGGGCAGCCUCACAACGGCGCCGCUGUCCCCGCACGCCGUCGCCGCCAUCAAAACCGCCUACGACCUCGGGUGCGAGCUGCGCAUCCUGAGCGACGCCAACGCCUUCUUCAUCGACGCCAUCCUCGCGCACCACGGCCUGGCCGCCUACUUCUCCGGCACCGACACCAACCCGGCCCACGUCGACGCCGCCGGCCGCCUCAGGAUCCGCCCCUACCACGACUUCGGCGCCGGCGCACACGGCCACGGGUGCGCGCUCCCGACCUGCCCGCCCAACAUGUGCAAGGGUAAGGUGAUGGAGAGGAUCCUCCGCCAAGAAGAAGAAGAAGAAGCAGCCGCAGCUGCCGCCGCAGCCUCGGCGGCCGGCUCGGCGAAGACGCAGAGGCGGAGGAGGGCCGUGGUGUACCUGGGCGACGGCCGGGGCGACUACUGCCCGUCGCUGAAGCUACGGGAGGGUGACUACGUGAUGCCGCGGGCCGGGCACCCCGUGUGCGACCUCAUCGCGGCCUCGCCGCCUGCCGCCGCCGUCCGCGGGUGGGCCGGCUUCGAGGACCUCGCCAGGGUGCUCCUCGGCAUCGUCGACGCCGAGAUCGCCCGCGCCGCCGCCGCGGAAGAAGAAGACGCUGGCGCUGCUGGCGCGGGUGUGGGUGUGGGCGUCGUCGUCGUGCCGGCGGACUGCCGCGCGCUGCCCCUGCCGGCGCGUCAGGAGGCGCUCAUGCCCCAGGCGGUCCGCGUGCCCAACUGA